CCCACUAUGCAUGCCACUGUAGUGAUAUUAUGACGAACAAUGAUCCUCUACAGGACAUCUGAUGCAUUACCUGAGGCACAGUAGAGACGACCGACUAUAUCGGUACGGCGUGCAUAUACCACAUUCUGUUCGAGCGCGAGCUCAUUCUGGAAGCAUUUCCCCCAAAAUACAAACCCGCAGGCGGGUCUUCUUUUAGGACGCAAGAAUCGUGACCAGCAGCGGGACUGGAGAACCUUAUCCUUGAUAAGCUGCGUAACAACAAUUCCAAUCCGAAGAAACUCCUGGGCCUUGUCAUGCGUCCCUCUCGGUUGAUGGCCUUGACGGCCUCUCUCGCGAUUUUGCAACUUGGCAGCGCAAUGCCCUGGGACCGGUCAAAUCUACAAACCGUGCCUGAUAGACAACAAGCAUACAACUCGUCAACGAACUUGGUGGAAUCAGAUCAGCACUUAGAAGGCACGCUCAGCUCUGCACUCGUCCAGAGAAAAGCAGACAGCACAGAACGCAUGCGUGGAGUCAACAUAGGAUCCUGGCUGGUCCUCGAAUACUGGAUGACGCCCGAUAUUUUCGCUGGGACUGGUGCAAAAGACCAGAUCACGUUUGACGCCACUCCAGGUGCACAGGCCAAAUUAAAAAAGCACUGGGAAACCUUCUUCACCGAAGAUGACGUGAAGAAGCUUUCUUCUUGGGGCAUCAAUUCCCUGAGAAUCCCAGUAGGCUUCUGGGCGUACGAUAACGAGAAGACGCCGUACAUUUCUGGAGCCGACGCAUAUCUAGAGAAGGCAAUAGCAUGGGCGCGGAAGUACCGCAUGAAGGUUAUUGUAGACUGCCAUGGGUCUCCAGGAUCUCAGAACGGGUUCGAUAGUUCCGGACACACCGGCGUUGUUCAAUGGCAAAAUCCCUCAAAUCUUGAGAGGAGCACACGCGUCCUCGAGACAAUGGCGAAGAAGUAUGGUGCAGAAAAGUACGCGGAUGUCGUUUACGGUAUUGAAUUGGUCAAUGAGCCCAUCUCGUGGGCGCAGAAUGAUUUUUUGAUCACAAAGAUCUGGGCUCAGCAGGCCUACCAUCGCGUCCAAGCAGCUGCAACGAAUAAGAAUCUCGCCAUAAUCAUGCAUGAUGGAUUCAUGCGACCGGAGAAAUGGCAAGAUGUCAGCGUCAACAUCACCAGACACGUGCGCAACAAGGCCGACAUGAAUUUCGUCAUCGACACGCACCUUUAUCAGAAUCAGGUCGAUGCAGACUCGAAGCUGACGCAGAAGGAACACAUCGAGAAAGCAUGCGGCUGGAAGAGAUCAGAGCCUCUCGACCAGCAUCAAAACGGGAUGCCGGUAAUUGUGGGCGAGUUCAGCGCGCAAACAAAUAUUUGCGCCAACCCAGAUGGAAGCAUUAUCGCCGGAAGUGUUUGCCAUAAGGACGGCUGUCAGUGUUCGAGCAACGUUGAUGUAGAGCACUGGAAGCAGCCGCUCAUCGACGCUACCCGGCGGUACGUCGAGGCCCAGCUAGACACGUUCGAGAGCUCGGCCAAAGGGUGGUUUAUGUGGUCAUAUAAGGCGCCUGGCGCUUGGGGAUUGGAUAAUGCCGUCAAAUAUGGACUGAUAGGGAAGAAGGUCACAGAUCGCAGAUUCCCGAAUCAAUGCAAGGGGUGAUUGGAUCUCAGGUGGAUCCACGUCUGAAGGUUAUUGAUCGCAUCUCGUGUCGCGAAUUUCAAAUCUCCGGUGUUGAGUCACCUUUCCCACGUUUUCUGUCCGAACAUGUCUCUCC